AUGUCCGAGGAAACUUUCCACGUAACUGGCGAGGACGUCCGCAAGAUAGAGUCGAAGGAGUCGAAAUUCCAUGGUGGCCAGACACCCAAGGAUUCGGACACAUCUGCACUGAAGCAACUCCUCUCCGAACAGGAAUCCAAGCAGGAACAAAUCGAUCGCGUCAAGGCGAAUCUCCCUCUCCCAGAUCAGCCCGUUGGCGGAGCAAGCGCAGAUCUCCAAUCAGCAGACCAACGCACUGUGAAUGUUGGCAGUGGGGGCGUGAACGUAAAAUUGGGCACGGGCUCAGCAUCUGGUUUGAGAGAACCGGCAACAGCCGACAGCAGCGUCAGAACAGAUGGGGAGGAGUACAAGAAGGCAACCGAGCCGCCUCGUCCAUAA